AUGAAACUCCUCUUAGUUUUAGCUACCAUUAUUUUCACUCUUGGUGUUGUUGCAUCAUCAGUUGUUAUUCCAUACUCAUACCCAUUAUACAAACAAUGCGAUAGUCGUUGGGGUAGCAAUGAAAUCAUUAAUCAAACUGUUUGUAACGUUGGUUGUUUAAUGUCAUCAUGCAGUAUGGCCAUUGCAGGAAAGGGUAUUACUCUCGAUGGUAAUCUUUCAAACCCAGGAUCAUUAAACGAAUGGUUAAGAAACAAUGAAGGUUAUGUCGGAGACGAUCUUUUAGAAGAAUCAGUUUUAGAAAAUAUUUCAAAUGGUAUCCAAUGGGUUGGUUCAUACCCAGCAUCCGCUUUCACCAUGGACGAAGUUGUAGACAUGAUCAACAAACAAGUAGUCGUUAUUAUCAAUGUUUUACAAGGUGCCCAUUUCGUUUUAGCUGUUGGUUAUGAUCAAACCAACACUGUUUUCUACGUCAACGAUCCAGGUUUCAAUACUUUAACCUAUACCUAUGAAGAUGUUGUUGGUUAUAGAAUUUUCAAUAUGAUCUAA